GGCUGUGAGCGGCUGCAAUUGAGAACCCAAGACCGAGAGAGCUCGGGAGCGAGCGGCAGUCGCUUGCCCCGCGCCUCCCCUUCGCACAGCUGCGCGCCCCGCUCGCUUCUCUACCCCUCCCCGCUCGCCCAGGCUCCGGCUUUGCCACAGUCCCGAGCUCUGGGGUGGCGCAGGCAGCUUUGGGACUCUCCGGCGCGCCACCGCGUCUCCAGACAAAGGCUUGGCCGGCGGCCCCGGCCCGCUGCGCCCUCGGCUCACCGCCUCCCGGGCUCGCCGCUCUUCGCCCCCGCUCUCGGCUCGGCGCGCCCCGGCCGGCCGCAAAGUUUCCCGGCGGCGGCUGCGCCUCGCGUCAGCGAUGGCCGCGGAGCUGAGCAUGGGGCCCGAGCUGCCCACCAGCCCGCUGGCCAUGGAGUAUGUUAACGACUUCGACCUGCUCAAGUUCGAUGUGAAGAAGGAGCCUCUGGGGCGCGCGGAGCGCCCGGGCCGGCCCUGCACGCGCCUGCAGCCCGCCGGCUCGGUGUCGUCCACCCCGCUCAGCACGCCCUGUAGCUCGGUGCCCUCGUCGCCCAGCUUCAGCCCGACCGAACAGAAGACCCACCUGGAGGACCUGUACUGGAUGGCGAGCACCUACCAGCAGAUGAACCCGGAGGCGCUCAACCUGACGCCCGAGGACGCGGUGGAGGCGCUCAUCGGCUCGCACCCCGUGCCACAGCCCUUGCAGAGCUUCGACGGCUUCCGCGGUGCGCACCACCACCACCAUCACCACCACCCACACCCACAUCAUGGGUACCCGGGCGCCGGCGUGACCCACGAAGAGCUGGGCCCACACGCUCACCAGCACCAUCACCACCAUCACCAAGCGUCGCCGCCGCCGUCCAAUGCUGCUAGCCCCACGCAGCAGCUGCCCACCAGCCACCCCGGGCCUGGGCCGCACGCGGCAGCCGCGGCGACGGCGUCUGGUGGUAGUGGCAGCGUGGAGGACCGCUUCUCCGACGACCAGCUCGUGUCCAUGUCCGUGCGCGAGCUGAACCGCCACCUGCGGGGCUUCACCAAGGACGAGGUGAUCCGCCUGAAGCAGAAGCGGCGGACCCUGAAGAACCGGGGCUACGCCCAGUCGUGCAGGUAUAAACGUGUCCAGCAGAAACACCACCUGGAGAAUGAGAAGACGCAGCUCAUUCAGCAGGUGGAGCAGCUUAAGCAGGAGGUGUCCCGGCUGGCCCGCGAAAGAGACGCCUACAAGGUCAAGUGCGAGAAACUCGCCAACUCCGGCUUCAGGGAGGCGGGCUCCACCAGCGACAGCCCCUCCUCUCCCGAGUUCUUUCUGCUUUCAGAUGCAAAAUCCACUUCUGAGCCCUUCAGUUUGCACAAAGAAAACCCCUGAACUGCUUUCUUGCACAACCCCUUCGCUCCAGCCUGCUGUCUGGUGGCCUGGCCUCCCAUCCCAGAGAUAGUAGUAUUUGGAUUUGUUGUGUAAGGAAGGGAGGAUUAGAGGUUUGCUUUGUCUCUCCUCCCCCCACCAAAA